UCCUUACAAGGUUGAAAAGGGGCAGACGCGCUGCCCCCCUGCUGCCUAAAGGCAGCCUGGUCCCCGAGACCAGAACCCUGACAGGGCAAGAAGAGAAGAAAAGAGAAGGGGCUGGAGUCGCAGCGCCUGGGCGGCUGUGGGCCUUCCUGCACAGCGCGUCUUGCGGCGGGCUGGAGCCCGCGUAGUCAGCGCCACAUCUGGCCCGUUUAGUUUUCUGCUUGUGUCUCCUCUGCCGGUUCUCCUGGGUUCUCCUGGGGUGUUGCUUAAGCCAUGUACUUGGCCUACAUGGCGGACCUCCAUCUCCAGCAGCAACGGCAGGUACAGCAACAGCAGCAGCAGGAGCAGCAGCGUCAGGUGCAGCCGCCCAGGCCCCGGACCGGCUCCCGGUUUGGGGUCCUGGCCACGCUGGGGGGACAGGACGGGCCGGGCGAUGGCGCGGCCGCGGCGGCGUCCGGGCGUGGGCGACGGGUGCAACCCGCCGCGCACGCACCGCCGCCGCCGCCGCAGCAACAGCCCCGCUCCCUAGGGCGCUGUGGCCCCGCCCAGCUCCCGCAGCAGAGGGCCGGGCGCUUGGGCGGCGGGCUGCCUUCCCCGCAGGACGGGGCUAGCUCGCCGCCGCACGUGCCCACGGGGCGGCCGGCCCGGGGACAGCAGGCUGGUGGGGGCAGCGGGUCGGGGCGCCAGGGUGGAGGAGCGGGGCGGGCAGUGCCCCAGCCGCCGCCCCAGGCGGGGCCGCCACUGCAGACGUCACAACCGGCGGGUGGUGGUAAGGGCAGGGGCAGGGGCCUGGGCGCGCCGGCUGGGGUUUCGGCCGACACGGCUGGGCGCGCUGGUGGGGGUGCGGGCAGUGAGGCGGAGUACGGGGCCGUUUGCCUGACCCGGGACACGUGUGUUGCCAUUGGCUCUGACCUCGUGACGCACCAGAACCGCUGCGCAGAUGUGCAGGGGUAUGAGUGGGCGCAGCUUGGCCGCGACACGCUUGGCGGCCGCCUCCUCGCCCACCUCCGUGACCAGGGCGCCACCGUACCGGACUGGGCCGUCUGCCACGUGCCGGCCGGCCGUACCGCCGUCCUGGCACAGCUGCGCGACGAGUUCACUGGCUGGUGGCGCCUAUACUCAGCCCAGCCUGCAGACACGCCCCUGCCUUCCGACGUGACGGAGCAGCUGGAUGACGCCGCGCAGCAGGUGCAGACGGCCUACAUGGACUACGUGCUCCUAGACGCCCGCACCCUGCGGUCCGCUAAGCGUGGGCCGGCGGACCCCGGCAGGGCCAGUGGGCCCAGCCGCCGGCAAUGCCAGCACCGCAGCCGCAGUACCUCCAGCCUCAUGAGCCUGGGCAGCGCUCCAUUGCACCCCGGAGGCGCCAGCUCAGGCGCCGCUAGCAUGAGCACCAGCUGCGGCGGCGCGCCCCCCAGCCAGGGUGGCGGCCGCCGCGGCAAACGCCACAGCAGCAACAGCAACCGCAACCGCCACGGCGCUGCCGUGGCCGGUGCCCCGCAACUUGCCAGCCUCCUCGCCCAGUUCAGUCUGGUGGACCCUUGGGUGAGCAAGCGUGGCAGCGCCAAGGGCUACACGCAUCCGGCCACACCCAAACCGGCCACUCCCGCACGCCUGGAUCGGUGGUAUGUCAGUGCCACCGCGGCGCCGUGGGUGGUGGAUGUCGCACGCACGUAUGGGGCGCCUGGGGACCACAACGGUGUGCUGCUCACCCUGUCCUUGCCCGACCUGCCCCGUGCGCACCGGGAGCAGUGGCGCUUCCCCACAUACCUGCUGUUUCACCCCUCGCUGCGUUUGGAGCUCGAGCAGUGCUUGGAGGCGCACGUUGCCGCCAAUCCCGUGGCCAGUACAGGUGACGGCGCUUGCACGCAAUGGGAGGCGGACAAGUUCUUCUUGCGGGAGGCCGCCACCAGCAUCCACCGUCGGCAUGCACGCCAGACCCGGGAUGGGCUGCAUGGUGUGGUGCUGGCCGCAGACGCGGCCGCUGCCCUGGCCGACCGGCCGGGUGCCAGCACCGCGCAGCGUCAGGCUGCGGCCAUGGCCAACUUGGCGGUGCGGGAGGAGCGGGCAGCUGCCGCAGCGGCCAGCCACAAUGCCCGCGCUGCACUGAUGGAGGAGCAUGGGGAGCGGGGCACUCGCUGGUUCCAUCGGCAGGCUGACGAGCCAGCAGCCGGCGCGCAGGAGCCCAUCACGCACUUGAAGGUGCCGGGGCAACCGGCGCCUGUGGCGCUAACGGGGCCGGGCACGCGCAACACUGUCUCCGCAGCCGCCGCAGCCAUGUACAGCAGCACCAGCCCCACCGGCCUGUUCCGCGUGCAGCCGGUCUGUACGGCGUCGCAGCAACAGCUUCUGGCGGCCAUUGACCGCAAGGUUCCGGCGGAUCUGCAGGCCGCCGCAGAGGGGUCCGGUGGUGGCGCCCUCAGUGAUGCCGAGCUGAUGGCAGCGCUGGCUGGCUCCGCCAAUGGUAAAGCGCCUGGGUCGGACGGGGUCCCGUACGAGGUGUACAAGGUUUUCUGGGCGCUGCUGGGUCCGCGCUUGUGUGCUGCUGCUGCCGCUGCCUUUGCUGCCGCUGCAGACGCCCACGAUGGCGGUGAAAUGGCGGCGGCGCUGCCCGCCUCCUGGCGGGAGGGCAUCAUCACCCUCAUCUACAAGGGCAAAAGCCUGGACCGCGCCGAGCUGGCGUCCUACCGGCCCAUCACGCUGCUCAACUGCGACUUCAAGAUGGUGUCCAAGGCCGUCAGCGCCCGCCUGCAGCCCGCCCUGGAUGCAGUUGUGGAUGAGCUGCAGACCGCGUUCAUCACCGGCCCCUAAUUGCAAGAACCACCACCAC